AUGGCCGUUCCAGAGCAUGUACCGCAGCCAGUAUGGUUUCCCUCCAAUGCCGGCACGACACCUAUGGACGGCUAUCGACGACACAUUAACAGGAAGUUCUACCAGAAUCUGAAGACUACCCAAGAUGUACAUAGAUGGAGUGUCCACCGGCCCCAGGACUUCUGGAUCCAUCUGUGGAAAUGGCUGAAGCUGACGCCUGCUCUACCUCCAGGAACGACACAGGCUUACGACCCAGCCAUCCCCAUGAGCCAAAAUCCUGAAUUCUUUCCAGGUCUACAGAUGAACUACGCAGAGAAUGCGCUCUUCUCAAAUCCAAAUGACGAUGCUGUUGCCCUCAUUGGCCUUCGAGAUGACACCAACCUCGAUGCAACCGACGGCGAGACUUUGACUUGGCAUCAAUACAGAGAGCAGGUACGUCUCACUGCAAGUGCAUUGAAGCAUUGCGGCGUAAAGAAGGGCGAUAGAGUCGCCGCUGUUGUCGCAACCUCGAUGUGGGCCGUGGUGCUAUACCACGCAUCAGCCAGCAUGGGAGCAAUCUUCACAUCGAUCAGUCCUGACCUUGGUUCGGAAGGGUGUGUGUCCCGAUUGCAGCAGGUUACUCCUACCAUACUCUUCGUGGACUCCCAUACGGUAUACAAGGGAAAGACUGUGUCCACAUCCUCGAAGUUGGACAGCAUUAUGGAACGUCUCGAACCGAAGCCUCUGGUCUAUGUCGUGCCAAUAGAGCCGGAACGUACAAAGCAUCAGACGAUCGACCACUUCCUGGAAAUGGCUGAUCCGGCUGAUCCUUUGGUCUUCACUCGCGUACCGUUCAAUUACCCACUCUUAAUAUGCUACUCCUCAGGCACGACCGGUGCACCCAAGUGUAUAGUACACCAGCACGGCCUCAUCCUACAGCUGAAAAAGAUUGCCGUCCUUCAUAACUCUUCAACUCCAGACGAUAUCAUCUUGCAGUACUCCUCGACUUCAUGGGUUGUUUUCUAUGUAAUGUGCGGGUACAUUGCCGCCGGUGCUAAGACAAUACUGUACAACGGCAGUCCGAUGUACCCAGACACCAAUCAGCUUCUGCGAAUGAUUCAGAAGUAUCGCGUGACCUACUUCGGUACCUCACCACGAUAUCUGCUUGAGCUAGAAAUGAGCAAGGGCAUACCGAAGAACGAUUUCGACUUGUCUUCCUUGCGUAUAGUCUAUACGACUGGCGCCACUCUAUCGUCAGAACAGUACCGAUGGUUCUACCGCUCGUUUCCAGCCCAUAUCCACCUUUGCAAUACAGCUGGAGGGACAGACAUAGCAACAUCACUGAUCGCAGCCGACCCUUGUGGCCCGAUAUAUGCUGGAGACAGGAUGCAGAUACUUGCGCUUGGGCACGACGUGGAUAUUGCAGACCCCGAGACUGGCGACUCUAUCAUGAUGUCUGGUGAAGCUGGAGAACUCAUUAUCAGGUCGCCAUUCCCUAGCAUGCCUUGCUUCUUUUGGGGGGACCACGAUGGAUCACGAUAUAGAUCUUCUUACUUCGAACGAUUCCAUGGAAUAGAUGUAUGGGCGCAGCACGAUUGGCUUCAAUACAACCCGAAGACUGGAGGCAUGAUCAUGCAUGGACGAUCUGACGGGGUCUUGAAUCCGUCUGGCAUUCGCUUUGGCUCUGGAGAAAUCUACUCAAUAGUCGAGUCUCCACUCUUCACUGACCAGAUAUCGAAUAGUCUCUGUGUGGGGCGCAGAAGGCCACAAGAUAAGGACGAAGAUGUGUUCCUUUUCGUGGUCAUGUUACCUAGUCAGCAACUGACUCCAGAACUAUCUCAGAAGAUCAAAGCAGCAAUCAAGAAUGGACUAUCGCCUCGCCACGUUCCCAAAUUUUUGAUAGCAGUGCCAGAAAUCCCGACUACCAUCAACGGCAAGAAGGUCGAGGCUGCUGUGAAACAGACGAUCAGCGGCAAAGACAUCAUACCAAGCAACACCGUCUCGAAUCCAGGAUCGAUCGACUUCUUCAAGCGGUUCCGAGAGCUCGAACAUGAGCCAAGAGCGAGCAGACUAUAG